AUGGCUCUGCUCCGUCAUUCUCUCAACGCCCCUGAGACGGCUGUCAAGAUUGCGAUUCUUCUCUUUUACAAGAGGAUAUUUUCGACGGCCAUGUUUAAAGUAUGCGUGUGGUUUGGAAUUGCGACAAUAUCUGUUUGGGGGACUGUCUUCUUCUGUUUUACCUUGACCGAUGCGAGACCAGUAUCAGAGCCAUGGUCGGGCCAUGUGAGCCUUCCUUACGACGCGACAGCUUUAGGCCUCGCACAAGUGGGAACCAAUAUUGCUCUGGAUGUCAUCGUGUUGUGCUUCCCACUCCCCGUCAUCGCGCGAUUGCACAUGCCCACGAACCGCAAGAUGGCGGUUGCUCUCAUCUUCUGGCUGGGCGUCUUCUGCUGUGUCGCCUCGGUGGCGCGUCUAGUUCUCUUGAAAAAGUCCCUGGCCGUAAUAAUCGAAGAUCCAGCCCAACAUAUCUGUCAGCCCAGACUAAGAGCAGGCAUCAACACAGACCUCCAGGUUGAUCUUCAUCGCCAAUUGACGCUCCAGGAGGGCAAGCAAGGUCGAGGGCGACUUGGGUAA